AUGAUAAACAGUAGUAGUCAUCAUAUUCAUAGUCAAAAUCUUGAAUCAUCGGUCAGAGACAUCCUCGAUAGGAAUUCAAAUCCUGAUUUGUCUUAUGAGGAGUGGAGCCACUCGAAACAACAGAUAAAGAAUCUAUGUGUCGGUCGAUGUCAAGCUGAAUCUGUCAAUGUCCAACAACAGCUAUCAUCCUACACCGAUAUUCCACAAUGA